ACAUGAGCGCGCGGAGAGCAGAGGGCUCACAGAGGUCAGAGCUCAGAGAGUGCAGGCGGGCCGCAGAGAGACACGCUCAGGAGGAUGGAGGUGGAGAACCGACCCAACGGAUUUGACUUCUCCAAACGGGACAAAUUACUGAGCAGCGGUUUUUAUGAAGAGAACUCCCUUCAGGACGACACAGAGGACGGCGGUGAGCGCUGGUGUCUGAUCUGUGGGGACCGGGCAUCUGGGCUGCACUAUGGCAUCAUUUCCUGUGAGGGGUGUAAGGGCUUCUUCAAACGCAGUAUUUGCAACAAGCGCAUCUACCGCUGCAACAGGGACAAGAACUGCCAGAUGUCCCGCAAGCAACGCAACCGCUGUCAAUACUGCAGACUGCAGAAAUGCCUUCAGAUGGGAAUGAACCGCAAGGCAAUCAGAGAAGACGGGAUGCCAGGAGGGAGAAACAAAAUGAUUGGGCCUGUACAGAUCUCGCUGGAGGAGAUCGAACGAAUCAUGUCUGGCCAGGAGUUUAAAGAAGGAGCUGAACUAUCAGAUGUGUGGAGCCACAGCUACAGUAACCACAGUUCACCUGGCAACAGUAUCUCAGAUGGCGGUCAGACCUUAUCUUUUUCCGAGCUGUCAACCAGCCGUUCUGUGGAUGUGAGCACAUCCCCCGUGUCCUGUAGAGAUCAGUGCAGCGGUCCUAAGCUGACACACUCUUUCCUGUUGUGUAAAUAUCCUUUACCUCCCUCUACUGGCAGCAGCCUGAAGACGCAAUCACACACACUGUCAGCCCAGCUCCUCGCUGCUGAAGAUCUCACACCUCUCACUACACCCAUGGUCAUAGAAGAGGGGUAUAAAGUGACUCAGUCGGAGCUGUUGGCUCUGCUAUGCCGUAUAGCUGAUGAGCUGUUAUUCAGACAGAUUGUCUGGCUGAAACGUUUACCCUUCUACAGCAAUCUGUCCAUCAAAGACUGCACUCGUUUACUGGGGGCUUCCUGGCAUCAGCUCAUCCUGCUCUCCUCACUCACUGUGCACAGCAGACAGAUACUGGGAGAACUGGCUAACAUCACACACCAGUACAUACCGUCCAACCUAACACUUCAGGGGUUUGGUGAGGAUGCCAUGGAGGUCAUGGAGAGUUUAAAUUUUCUCUUCCGUAAGUUUCAUCAACUAAGCAUCAGCAGUGAGGAGUACAGCUGCUUAAAGACCAUCACCCUGCUCAAUCAAGAUAAGGCAGGUUUGUGCAACACAUCCACACUGGAACAGCUGAGUGAACGUUACUGGUCCGUGUGUCGUGACCUGACCGAACAACUCCACCCUCGUCGACCCAAACGCUUCUCUGACAUCAUCACCUGCCUCUCCGAGAUACGCCACACCUCAGGUAAGAUGAUGGCCGUUCCACUGGAGCAGCUCCCACUGCUGUUUAAGGCGGUACUGUACUCCUGCUCAACCAAUCAAAACCCUUGGCUAGCCAACAGCUCCACCUCCAAGACAUAAGCCAUGACUCCAACUUGCUGUUUUAGUUUUUCCCCCCCAAUGUAUUUAUUACAUGACAAAGUUGAAUGUAAAACUCUUGACAGAUUUGUGUGUGAUUUCGAAAGUGCACCAAAUGUAGCGAUUUACCAAAUUAGAUUUCAAGAUGCCUGAAAAGAUUACCUCAGGAACAUGGCUUUUAAAAGAAAAAGCCUUUGGAAAACCACAAACUCUUUGACCGUUGUGUUAAUGAUCAAAAUGAAAAGAAAAAACACAAAUGAACGCACUGCACUGCAGUAUCAUCUAGCUAUGAUAUGAAAUGUCCUUGUGUUAAAGGAUGUCACUGAUAAAAUAGGCCUGAUAAAAUAGUGAAGGUGCUGAAUUUCAUUCAAAAAAACAACGUUUCUUAUUCAGAUGAUAGCUACAUUUGAGCUAUAGAGAUUUAAAUAUUCAGAAUGAUCAUCCGCAGCUCACAAGUUUGAGUACCAAAGCUGAGUGUGCCACAGUAUACAUGCUGUUGACCAUAAUUUUUUCAGGAUGGAGACUCCCGUUAAUGUUUGAGCCAGUCGCCGGGGUAAAGAAAUGCAAUAAGCACACUCUUUAUCCCA